GGCCUUGCCGUACCGUCCAGGCGGCGAGCUGCGUCGUGGUUCUGUCGCGUGUUCUGGCGUGUGGAGACUGCUGUCCUGUCACCGUCGCCACCGCCGACAUGAACCGCGAGAGCUUCGCGGCGGGCGAGCGGCUGGUGUCGCCGGCUUACGUGCGGCAGGCCCGUGAGGCCCGCCGCUCCCAUGAGCACCUCGUACGGCUGCUUCUGGAGAAGGGCAAGUGUCCAGAGGAUGGUUGGGAUGAAAGUACACUUGAACUCUUUCUGCAUGAACUUGCGAUCAUGGAUAGCAACAAUUUCCUGGGCAAUUGUGGUGUGGGAGAAAGGGAGGGGAGAGUGGCAUCUGCAUUAGUUGCUCGGCGUCAUUACAGGUUCAUUCAUGGAAUUGGACGAUCGGGUGAUAUUUCUGCUGUGCAACCAAAAGCUGCAGGUUCUAGCCUUUUGAACAAAAUUACCAAUUCUUUGGUCCUGGACAUCAUAAAGUUGGCUGGUGUCCAUACAGUGACCAACUGCUUUGUAGUUCCUAUGGCAACCGGUAUGAGUCUAACUCUGUGUUUCUUAACAUUACGACACAAAAGACCAAAGGCAAAAUAUAUUAUAUGGCCAAGAAUAGACCAGAAGUCCUGCUUUAAAUCCAUGAUCACUGCAGGUUUUGAGCCUGUGGUGAUAGAGAACGUUUUAGAAGGUGACGAGCUGCGCACAGACCUGGAAGCAGUGGAGGCUAAAGUCCAGGAACUUGGGCCUGAUUACGUUCUGUGUGUUCAUUCGACUACAUCCUGUUUUGCUCCAAGGGUGCCUGAUAGAUUAGAAGAACUGGCUGUGAUUUGUGCUAAUUAUGGCAUUCCACACAUAGUCAACAAUGCUUAUGGACUGCAGUCUUCAAAGUGUAUGCACCUCAUUCAGCAGGGUGCUCGGGGUGGUAGAAUAGACGCUUUUGUCCAGAGCUUGGAUAAAAAUUUUAUGGUUCCAGUAGGUGGCGCUAUAAUUGCUGGCUUUAAUGAUUCCUUCAUUCAGGAAAUCAGCAAGAUGUAUCCAGGAAGAGCUUCAGCUUCACCUUCUUUAGAUGUCCUUAUUACGUUAUUGUCACUUGGAUCAAAUGGCUAUAAGAAGCUAUUAAAAGAAAGAAAGGAAAUGUUUUCAUAUCUGUCCAACCAACUGAAGAAGCUGUCAGAAGCCUACAAUGAAAGACUGUUGCAUACACCUCACAAUCCCAUAUCUUUAGCUAUGACACUUAAGACACUAGAUGAGCACUGUGACAAAGCUGUCACUCAGCUUGGCUCCAUGCUUUUUACCAGACAGGUUUCUGGAGCCAGGGUUGUGCCUCAUGGGUCUGUGCAAACUGUGAGUGGCUACACUUUCAGAGGCUUUAUGUCACAUACAAAUAAUUACCCUUGUGCUUACCUCAAUGCUGCAUCAGCCAUUGGAAUGAAGACACAGGAUGUGGACUUGUUCAUAAAGAGACUUGACAAGUGUUUAAAGACAGUAAGAAAAGAACAAAAUAAAGAGAGUGAUGUAUUGGGAGUUGACAAUUAUGACAAAACUGAAGAUGUGGAUAUUGAAGAAGUGGCUUCAAAACUAGAUAAUGUACUUCUUGACACAUACCAGGCUUCUUCUUCAUGACAUGUGAAGAGUUUUUUUAAUAAUUUGAAAGAAGUGAUGAAGCUGCCAUACAAAAAGCAAUUUAAAGACAAGACAUGAGAUUUUUGAAUUGAGAAUUUCAUGGAGAAUAUUUGGCCAAGGAGUAGAAUAUGGGCUGAGCUAGCCAUUGAUGAUUGCUACAUCUUUAUUCUUAGACUGCCUCAAUCGUUAUGAUCCUUAACAGAUUAUAAUAUACAAUUAGCAUUUUUCUAAUUGUUAGAAUGUUUUUCAAUUAAGCAUUAUGAUUCAGAUAAUUCUUACUAAUAUAAUGACGGUAAAAUUACCUCUAAUUCUCUUUGAAAUGUGUAGACUGCUUUCUCCUAACCAUUCUCUCUAGCAUUCACAAAUUACUUAUGUUUCUGAUUAUACGAAAUUUAGAAAGAUCUCUGAUGCUACUAAUUACUAGAUAUUCGUUGAUGUGUGUAAGUCACAGUAUGCCUGUAAAAUGACGUUUCCCCGGGAAGCAGAGUCAAGGUGUAAGCUUUAAUUUUCACUCAACAGCAGUGGUUCUCAACUGGGGAUGAUUUGCUUAUAUGUAAGCAACGUCUGGGGACAUUUUUGGUUGUCACAACUAGUGGGAUGCUAUUGACAUCUAGUAGGUGGAGGCCAGGGUGCUGCUCAACACUCUACAAUGGACAAGUUCCCAAAACAGUUAUCCAGCCCAAAAUCUCAGUAGUGCUGAGGUUGAGGCUGAGAAACACUGCUCUAAAGUAACUGACCUCCUCAAGUAAAAAGAAAUUUUCCAUAGCCACUUUAAUUAUUCACUAGUGGUUCAAAGAAGAUAGCUCUGUAAAUGUUAUCAAACUAGACAAUAUAUAGACCCCUAAGUGAUAACUAGGGUUACCAGUUCUAAACAUGUAAUUAUAAAUUGUUUUAUAUGACAUUUGUGCAUUUUUCCAUUUGGACAAGUGAAAACUUUAUUCCACUGUUUUUGUUUUAAGCAGCCUUUGUAUAUUGGUUAGUUUGUCCAGGUGUUGGGCAUGACCAUCAAGAGUGGUUAACAUGGGUAUUUCUGAACAUAUUUUUGCUAGGGAGGUAAAAAUGGUAUAGCAUGAUAAACAAGUGUAUUCCCCCCUCCCUGCCCACAUGCUCAAUCUCUGAGUCCGAAAUUCCAGAGGUAUUGGCUAUAACAGUUAUUUGUGUUGUUAAAUUUUAAGAAGUAGACUGAUGUCUCAUAGCCUGAGGAAUUAAUGAAGCUUCUGAAUACACCAAAAUGCCAAAGCCAUGUUUCUCAGGACUUGCUUUGUGGAGCAUCAUUCCUGAGAUGCUCAUGGGGAUAAAAGGUUCUGUGGGCAAAUAAUUUUGGGACUUUGCAAACCUGCCUAUUGGCAUAUUAAAGGCUCUAAGAAUUCCUUUGAAGCUGGUUUGAAUGUAUCCUUAUCUAAAGAUGGAACCUAUUUUUAAAUUAAAUACUUAUUGACUUCUCAUUGAACUUACUUUUGAAAACACUACAGUGGAGAAUGCCACCUUGAUUUCUGGGUUGUAUUUUUCUGUAUUAAUUUGGCAGUGUAAACUCUUAAGCAUGAGCUCAGACAGAUGCCAUUCCCAUUAGUGUUAGAAUUAGGUUAGAAUACUUUAGACACUGGCUUGACAACCUUGGAAGUCUAGACUGUGUUGAGAUAAAGUACUUAAUUAUAAAUAUCGUAAAAGUUACUUUUAAAUUGUUGUAUCUUUGGGAUUCAAAUAUUUUAAAUAUCUGGGCUUUUUUUCACUAGCUAUAAUAACUCAUUUCAAAGGAGUAAAUCCUGGAUUAAAAAAUUGUGUAAUUUUUUUAUGUGAAUUUGGGACUGAGUUGUAGAACCAAUAACGCUAAAAAGUUGCAAUAGAACCGCUCCAGUCUACGAAAGGGAAUGAAGUGAUGUUGCAAAUGUAAAUGCUGGCAGUGCAGCUUACUACACACGUAAGCCAAAAUUGUUUUGUAGAACAAGUGAUCUAUAUUGUGUGAUCAUCAUUUAGCUUAAGAAAGGCCAGAGCCGAGAGACGAGCAAGUGUUUUCUCCUCUGCGGUGUAUCAGCAGUUCUUAGGCUUCAGCUGCUGAAUAGAUAAUAAUUCUAAUUGAAGAUAAAUUACAUGAACCCACAUGUGAAUGAUAGAUAUGUUCUAACAUUUCAUUCCUGGUGCAUAAAAUCAGCUGCAGUUUUUAUUAGCCCUUUUUUCCAAAGGUUUUGGAAUUCCAGCUCUAUUUCUACUGGUUUGAAUGUGACCUUGGGGUCAUAGAAUUCAUAAGAGUUUUUGAAGGGAUUUUGCAGGUUCUGCAUAUUCAGGCUUUCCUUUGCCCCCAUCCCAGUGUCGUUUUUGCUUGCUCUCUCCCAUUUCCACAUACAAGUAUAACAAAGUAUGUACGUAUGAUUACUUAUUUUAAAUUGCUAGUACUGAUUGGUAACCUCAUAAUUGGCCUUAGUUAUCCUUGAACUGUGGCAGAGGGGCAAUGGAUGGUACAUUUUCCAAUCAUUGCUGACCUUUUCUAUCUUUGUGAUCCAAUUGCCUUUACUAAGGCUAUUAGGAUGAAUUUUGGAUUGGUUUUGUAGUCAUUGGGCUGUGGUAGUCUGCCUGGAAAAGAAAAUUGAAUAACAUGAAAAAUUCUUUAGGUCACUUCACAAUGUGUUACUUAUACACACAGCGGGGAAAGAUAUUUUAAGUCCAACUCUCAAUUUGGCUCUUAUGUCCUCUGCUGAUGAGUUCUCACUCUAUCUGGGAAUGAUAUGCGAUACCAGCCUUAGGAACUCAGUGUUCAAUUAUAAAUCUUUCUAUUUAACUUUUUGUAUUAGUUGAAUGUUAUAGAAUGUGAAUUAUUGGAUACAGUUUUGUUCAGCCAAUAGGCACUUGAUAUACAGAGUAGUAAAUUUAAAUAUAAAUUAAGUUUUUUCUAAUGUUUUGCCCCAGCACAUAACUCUGCUGUGAUUCUGUUUCUUUAAUCACCCAUAGACUGUCAUGAGGCCUAUGCUACAGGAUGGGCUUUUAUUUUUAGACUAUAUACCUAUGAUAGGUUUUAGUAAAAUUUAAAUUAAACAAAGCUGAUUUUUUUUUAACCGGUGAUGUUACUUUAAUAUUGAAUUAGUAGCUCACUGUGCGAGUUAAAUUCUUGUGUUCUUUCACAGAGGAAAAAAGCCAACAGUUGACAACAACAGCAAACCCUGAUGAGUCUCUUUCAUAUUACACUCAGCGAAAUUUUUUUGAAUACAUAUACAUUUGGUGCAUAUAAAAGUUGUUCUCUUUUCCCACUGUCUAAGAUGUACUAAUUUCUGCCAGGCCCUUAAAUGGUUUUGUUAUGUUUUGCAUUCAUGAGGCUGACCUUACUUUGUAACUAAAAAAUAAUCCAGUGUGUGUACACAGAAGUUUGGUCAUUCCAAAAGUUUGAUACCCUCUGAAUAAUUUGAUAAGAACAAUUGAAUAUGCUGUUAAGAGUAAAAAAAAAAUCUCCCUCAACAGUCUUUUCUUUGUCUCUUACAUUGUGUUGAUUAUAUGUCGCUGAUGGCCACUCUUAACAUACAAGUCUAAGACUUACCCACUGCAUUCUUUUGUGUCUUCCUUUUUAUUUUCAUGUUCCUUUUGGCCAUUACAGAUGUUCACAUCUAGGAUGAUGAAUUCAAAGCUAAUGAAUGUAGCUUUAUAAUUUCCUGCCUAAUACUCUACAGUUCAAUCUAAGGCCUUAGGCAAAAUCUGGAAAUGUUUAUGCUGUCUUGUUUUUAUCAAGUGGUGUCAGCUUGAGCUUCUAGAGAAAUGUGAAGAAAGGUUAUGUUUAACUGCAUAAUUGUGGGGGAUUUUAGCCAUAAGAAUUGAAGCUGAUGUGAGCCUGCUAACCUGUACGUUUUACGAAAAGAAAAAGGUUUUUCCAAAAAUAUUUUUGGUGUAGACUAUUUAAAAAUAUAAAUGUUAUAUAAUUUAUUACAU